CACUAUUCGCAGAUUCAGUGUCUUAAAAAGUUGCAUUGCGUAAUAAUUCGAAGUAGAAAACCCCUCCCCCUAAGUUUGCUCACUGCUACUUCAUACUCACUCCCAAGUUUCCUCCUUUCUCGCAAUAAACAAUGCCAACGUAAUUGCUAUCACCUGUGCAACAAGAUUUUGAAGGAGUUUAUGGAUUAUCAAUUAAGAAAAAUAGUUUUAAUUUCUCACAGCCUUUUGUUGAAAACCAUUAUUGCAGCUGCCUCAUCGAUACAUCUACUACAACUCAGAGUUAUUGAGGGGCAAAAAUGAGUACAUAUAGUAUGUUGGAUAUUGUUUUAAAUCAUAUACUUCGGGUGGUCACACCAUUACAAGAAGAUUGGGAGAUACGGUUUGCAAUUAUUAAUGAUUUAAGAAGCAUUGUUGAAUCCGUGGAAAGCCUGAGAGGAGCAACUGUUGAGCCAUUUGGGUCAUUUGUAUCUAGUCUCUUCACACGAUGGGGUGACUUGGAUAUUUCAAUUGAGCUAUCAAAUGGUUUGCAUAUUUCAUGUGCUGGGAAAAAGCAAAAACAGACUUUAUUGGGGGAUCUUUUAAAAGCUUUGAGAAUGAGAGGUGGGUGGAGCAACUUGCAGUUUAUCUCCAAUGCACGAGUUCCCAUUUUAAAAUUUAAAAGCAACCAGCAGGGUGUAUCUUGUGACAUUUCAAUUAAUAACCUGCCCGGUCAAAUGAAAUCUAAGAUUUUGCUUUGGAUCAGCAAGAUAGAUGGCCGCUUUCAUGAUCUGGUUUUACUGGUCAAGGAAUGGGCCAAAGCACAUAAAAUCAAUAGCUCUAAAACUGGAACUUUCAACUCCUAUUCCCUCAGUUUACUUGUUUUAUUUCAUUUUCAGACAUGUGUUCCUGCAAUUUUACCACCACUUAAAGAAAUAUACCCUGGCAAUAUGGUUGAUGAUCUAAGAGGUGUUAGAGCUGAUGCAGAGAAUCUUAUUGCAGAAACAUGUGAUGCUAAUAUAAAUCGGAUCAUAUCAGACAGAUCAAGGUCAAUUAACCGAAAAUCUUUGCCUGAACUUUUUGUUGAAUUCCUAAGGAAGUUUGCUCAGAUGGAUUCAUGGGCAUCGGAGCUAGGAAUAUGCCCGCAUACUGGUCAAUGGGAACAGAUAAAGAACAACAUGAGAUGGCUACCCCAGACUUAUGCAAUAUUUGUUGAGGAUCCUUUUGAGCAGCCACAAAAUACUGCGAGAUCUGUCAGUGCAGGACAGCUGAAGAAGAUAUCUGAGGCAUUUUUAAGGACGUACAGCUUGCUUAUCUCAAAAAAUCAGAAUCAAAAUUCACUUUUGGCCACCUUAGCACCACCAUAUGUAUUAAGAUGUCUCACAAAACCUCCCAACAGAAAUUACAACGGUCCUAUCAGAAAUUACAGUGGAGGUUACUUUCAACGAACGCAACCACAAGUGCAGAGAUUCAUACGCCCACCACCGCCAUUGCAACGUCAUGUUCAAAAUGCCAGUCAAGGAACAAGCUCCAAUGGUUCAUCGUCAAAAGGACCGGUGCAGGCACAGGCACAGGUGCAAAAUGCCAGUCACGGAACAAGCUCCAACAGUCUGUCGUCAAAAGGACAGGUGCAGUUGCAGGCACAGGGACAGGCGCAAAUAUGGAGGCCAAAGAGUCAAAAGGAAUCUCUAUAGCACUGAGAACAACAUGGUUUUAGCUUCAGCAGGUUUUGACUAUUGCCUUUCAGUUUACUUGUUAAUGUCAAGUGAUUGGAAGAAAUGGGAUUUUGAUUUUUUUUUUGCCCUUGGGAAUCAGUAAGUGAUUAACCGUGUUUGGUGGGCAUUAUCUUAUUAUAACUCUGAUGUACUUGUGGUAACAUUCGGAAGGUGCAACUUUGCAUAUGAAUCAGAUAAGUUGAUUUGUUCGUUUA